CCAAAACAGAUAUAUUUAAGUAUCUCCACCGCCGUUUUCUUUCCUUCUCAAACACUUCCUUCACUGCUCGACUCCUCUUGGAAAAACCUCUGUGAUUCUUUUCCUUUCUUUUCUUUUUCUUCGUUUUAAGGUCUUUGUUUUGGUUUUAGAUUCAGAUUUUUUGGGGUUUAAAGCGCUUAAAAGUUAAUCUUUUUGGUUUUAGUUUCAGAUUCUUUGGUGUUUAAACCGAAGAGGGUUUCAAAUAUAUUUUUCUCUGUAACUUUUCCUGGAAAUUUUGCUUGGAAAUUCUGCACUAUUGAUAUAAAUUUGGAGAAAUUACAAUAUGGGUUUUGUUGGAGAUCAAAAUCCCAAGGUUGGUCUUCCUCUGUUUCGGGAUUCUUCUAGAAAGAGGAAGAGACGUAAUGGGUUAUCAGUUGCUGAUAGUCUCAAGCUCUGGACUGAAAAUAAUGGGGCCAAACAAGCUCGUAAAGCCCCUGCCAAGGGCUCCAAAAAGGGAUGUAUGAAGGGUAAAGGAGGGCCUCAGAAUCAGAAUUGUAACUACAGAGGUGUUAGGCAGAGGACUUGGGGUAAAUGGGUGGCUGAAAUCCGAGCCCCUAACGGAGGGAAAAGACUUUGGCUUGGUACUUUUCCUACUGCAUUCGAAGCUGCCUUGGCCUAUGAUGAAGCUGCGAAGAUGAUGUAUGGCGAAAACGCUAUCUUGAACAUGCCUCGUAUGUUGGAUUCUGACUCAGUUGCAACUACCUCACAUGCCUUUUCUGACUCCAUGACUGCAUCAAGCAACUCUGAAGUUUGUGGCGAACAUGUGGGUGGUGAAGGUGAAACGACAACAAUGACGAAUACCCACUUUCUUCCUGUUGAUUCUGAAGCUCCAUCGACGAGUGCAGCAAUGAAUUUGACAAGGGAUGAAAUUCAAGAUGGGAGUGAUGUCAAAGAUGAAGUGAACAACGAGGCAAAGCCAGAAGAUGAGUCUACGAAGGAGACGGAUUAUAGCUGGCUUAACAUUUUGGAGUUCAUGGAUGAUGUUCCAAUGGAUUUUGGAGGGAAUAGUGAAUGGGAUGGUCGACUUUUUCUCAGCGAGGAAGAGUGUUUUAACAUAGAUGAGCUGCUUAUUGGUUGACUUGUACAAAUUUUAUACACAUUCUAUUAAUUCAAAUUUUUUUAA